UUUACUCAAUAGCGGCCAACUUUAAGUUUCUUUCUUUUUGACGUGCUCUUUCAGAAAAAUCGCGUAAAGAUGACUAUCCGCCCCGCAUACAGGCCAAAAAUUGUGAAGAAGCGCACCAAGCACUUCAUCCGCCAUCAAUCGGAUCGCUAUGCUAAGCUUUCGCACAAAUGGCGUAAACCAAAAGGUAUUGACAACAGAGUACGUCGCCGUUUCAAGGGUCAGUACCUGAUGCCUAACAUUGGUUAUGGUUCCAACAAACGCACCCGUCAUAUGCUGCCAACUGGCUUCAAGAAGUUCUUGGUUCACAAUGUCCGUGAAUUAGAGGUGUUGUUAAUGCAAAAUCGUGAAUAUUGCGGAGAAAUCGCCCACGGCGUAUCUUCCAAAAAGCGGAAGGAAAUUGUUGAGCGCGCCAAGCAGCUGUCGAUCCGUCUCACCAAUCCCAACAGUCGCUUGCGAUCACAGGAGAACGAAUAAACUUAAGUUUUUCGGUGUUCUUUUUUAUUUUCGCCAACAACUUAAAUAUAAAAUCUGAAAAUUAAGUA